AUGAGGAAGAAAGUCAUUGAUGUCCGGCUUUUUGCAGUCAAGACGUUGAUCGAUGAGACGAAAGCUAUCGAUAGCAUCUGUCCAGAAAUCGUGUCUCAUCUUUGCCCAUGUUGUGUCACACCAGCGGUGGCACCGCCGAUAAAGCAGAUUUUCAACUCGAGCCAAGUUUUUGCACUGCAACGACCCGUUGAACUCCCCCAACCGCCACAUGAAACCGCUCUUUUCAUUGGACAAUAUCAACUAGUGGCCAUUCUUGUCGUCGUUGCACUUCAUUUGAAAAUUUACCUUGAGUUCACGUCCCAAUCCGGUUUUCUCAGUCAAACUUCAAUGGAGAAUCCGUUGCCACCCUCAAUCUUGCCGAAGACUAAUGGUCUACACGAGGAGGAACAAGCAUUGCGACGUCGACACUCACUGUCCAAGCCACCACGCCACGUUAGUGUACCCAUCGACUUUUUCUGCGAUUUAAAUGGCACAAAAGAUCAAGUGGUACAACUUGUAGGUCGCAUGCAAACGCUUGGGUUUCAUAUAACUGUUCCGCAAUUCCUGGCAAUGCAUCGGUGUUCUAUCAACGCAUUGUUAGCAGUAGCAUCGUGA